AUGUCCGCAGUGACGAUUACUCCGGAACCGGCACCGGACCUCGAUAUUCCCCUGUCCAGCAAGACAGUGCGGGUGCGAGCUAUCGAUACAACGACGCGCAUGGUAUGCUCUGCCGACGCCUUUGUCGAACCAGUUAUAGAGGGCCACGAAACGCUCAACUUCAAGACACUAUGCUUCUUGAUUGAGCAUGAGGGUCCCUCCGGAACAGAACGCGUGCUUUUCGACGCCGGCUCACGCAAGGACUUCUGGAAUGGCUCACCCAAGACCACAACUAUGAUUCGUGGCUGUACCCCAGCUAUGGAGGUUGAAUAUGGCGUUGAAGAGAUCCUCGUGGCCUCUGGCCUUGAGUUAUCCAAGCUGAAGGCUAUCAUCUGGAGCCAUUGGCAUUGGGACCACAUCGGUGAUGGCUCAAAAUUCCCUGCCUCAACUGAUAUCGUCGUGGGACCGGGUUUCAUUGAGACUUUCGUUCCCGGUUGGCCCACCAGACCCGACAGCCCUGUCCUCGCCAGUGACCUCGAGUAA